AUUUAACUUGCUUGAUCUAUGAAAUUGUGGAUGUGUUCUUGAUAGAAACCCACUCUUUCCCAUUCACACAGAUUAAGUGAAUGGAGAUGGAACAGAAAGAUUGCUCCCUGAAGGUAGAUAAAUUACUAGAAAGGCAUAGUUGGAUUGCAGCUGAGAAACAAUUAUUUGGAAAAAGUGGGACAGAUUAUGACUUCUCAUCUCAUGAUCCUCGUAAAUCAAGGGAGGAGCUUAAGAAACUUCAAGCUGAACAAUCUGGCCUUGAGAAGAGGGUCAACAAAAAAGUUAUGGCAAUGUUCGAGAAAGCUGAAGAUGAAUACAAUGACUUAUUAUCCAAGAAAAACAUCAUUGAGAAUGAUAAGUCAAAAAUCAAGAAGGUGAUUGAAGAGCUUGAUGAAAAGAAGAAGGAAACACUAAAAGUUACUUGGGUUAAAGUGAACAAGAACUAGUAUCCAAGCAACAUCGAGGAAUUGGCGUUGUCACAUAUGAAAACUCAGGUACCAUACUUUUGAAUUUGGAAGGGUAUUUUAGGACCUGAUUUAUGGGGCUAUAUGAUUCAGAAGGGUGUUACAGGGAGCAUAGAUCCAUUGCUAAAAUAUCAGAUCUGAGGUAACAUGAUUAUCUUUUUGAGGAUUUUGAGAGUCAGACCGAGUAAUUCUCAUAGCA